GUGUCGCAGGCGCGGCGCGCUCCGGGCGCGGAUUGGCGGCGCGGCGCGGCAGUGGGCGGGGCCGCGGGCGGGGCCGUGUCCGGUGCGGAGCGGCCAUGACGGCGCACAGCUUCGCGCUGCCGCUCGUCCUCUUCUCGGCCUUUUGGGGCCUCGUGGGCAUCGCCGCCCCCUGGUUCGUGCCCAAGGGGCCGAACCGMGGGGUGAUCAUCACGAUGCUAGUCACCACCGCCGUGUGCUGUUACCUCUUCUGGCUCAUUGCCAUCUUGGCCCAGGCCAAUCCCCUGUUCGGGCCGCAGCUGAAGAACGAGACCAUCUGGUACGUGCGCUUCCUCUGGGAGUAAGCAGUCCUUGGGAGCUGGCACCUCAGCAGAGACCCCAUCAAACCCAUCACCCUCUUGUAGCUGUUCCAGCCUCUACUCUCCUGCACCAGAGAGCCCCCAGAGGUGCUGGGACAGAGGCUGGAUCCGCUGCCCGAGCACCCCUGGAGCUCUGCAGCCUGGACUGAUGGAUGGCUGCCCCCCGAGCAUGGCAGGCAGCACCCCUGGACGAGAGCCUACUAAUCCAGCACUAGGAGCAGCCACACUAYUGGGGAGAGAUCCCUUCAGCUGGCCAAGUGCUGCAGUGACUGAGCACCAUCCUGUGAGGGAUCUGUGUGUGGUGCCAGCGUAUCCUGUCCCAAGCAGUGCUUGCCCUGUCCCCUUGGUGUUCAGCCCUAGUCCCCACGUGAAAUGCCCCUGCUCGUAGCCCAACUACUUGCCAUGUCCCUGUUCAUUACAUCCAUUGGCUGCCCCUCUGCAUGAGAAGGCAGGAGCUAUUACAUCCUUUGUUGGUCUGGUCAGCUCCCUGUGGUGGGGGUAGCCCCUGCAAACACAGAUUCUGGCUGUGGGUUGGAGAAGGGAGGGCUGACCCUGGUGGAGCAUGCAGACAGACCCCUUUGGGUGUAAUAAGGGAGGUUUUGGAGUCUGUUGGAGGGGAUGAAAGGAGGGCGGUGUCUCCCUGCAGUGAGGCAGCUGCAGUAGUGUUUAGGUAUUUUCACCACAUCACGAUGGGUCCAGGUUCUGCCAAUAGCCAAAUAGGGCAUUGUGUUUCAGGUUUCCCUUAUUUAU